AUGGAUAUCAACAUCCAGACAAAUGCUGCACGCAGCCAGCGGUUCUCACUAUCUUUGAUGUUUCGAUCAACGAGGAAGAGAGCCAGCUGCAUCCCUGAUCUAAAGGGAGAACCAACUUGCCAAGAGCGAGCCCUUUACCCUGUCUUCGAUCCUCAGGAUCCUCGUCACAAUCCCCAAGCACAUUCCUUCUCACUGCAUCGCCAAAGAUCACUGAAUCCGUCGGAAUCACGAAAGCACACCCAGUGGGCUCAGAGCAUCCCGAGACGAUCAUAUCACAGGGCAAGGUCCCAUCUGUUGGCAUUGAGAUCGGGCAUAUUGCGCCGUUCCGCUGUUGAAGACGAUCAGCUUGGAGCCGCUGCUGAGUUGCGAAGUUUUGUUAGUCCCGUUGCUCUUAGGCGCGAGCGAGAGCAGCAAGGUCUUCGGCCAGCAGCUUACAACUCGAGUACACAAGAUGACUUGGGGUUCGGCACUGAGAUAUAUCGAACUGGUACCCCAUGGCCAACCCUCGAGACCGAUGCUGUGGAUGUUUACCAGGCACAUGUUACAUCGGACAGUCUGACUCCUGCACCUGGACCACUGACAAGCAUUUAUGAUAUUCCUCCAACUGCAAUUCCUACGAUUACAGUCCAUCAAAGCCCAGAUUUGAUGCCUGUGGUGGGUACGCCUUUGACAGACCCGGCCGAGUCCACCUCCAGCCCCAACGACAGCGCUGAUUAUCAACUCCCCGGAGAGCUGAUCCCAAGCACUGGAGAUAUGCCGGCUCAUCUUGAAGAGCGGCUGGAUGGUCAUGCCAAUAACACCAGUCCUUCACUUCAUGACUUGACAGAAUCACCAUGGGGUAUGGCAAUCACGACCGACCAAGAACUCGAUAUGUCAACCCAUGGGCUCGGUGAUACUCAGUCUGCUUGGGCACAACAACUGAUGGAAGGCAAUGGAGCUCAGAGAGAUCCAAUGUUAAAUGAGAGCGACGGAAACAGAGAAUCAGAAAGCCGACAGUCUUCUAGAUCUUCUAGGAGCACAGCCCCCAGCAUUUUCCGUCAUCUCAGCGCUCAUACAACACGCUCAGGGGAGCACGUCAGACAUUAUCCGUCGCGAGUCACGGAAGAACAGUCAACGAGCACCGUGACAAAUCAUGCAACAGUUCCCAUAUCGAGACAAUGCUCCGCCGAAGUAGAAUUUGCGUUCCCCGGAAUCUACCAAGAGAUGCUUGAGCAGUGGAUGAGAGAGCCUCGUGAAAGCCAAGUCGCCCUUGCCACUGAGCGAGAACGCACACCGUCCGCUUCUCAAACGCAAACCCGCACAGAUUCAGCACAAUGCAUCGUACUCCAAGACGAUGCAUACCGUAAUCCACCUUCAUAUUAUGAAUAUGAUCAAGAUGCCCUCAUUUUGGAGUCUCCACAAACACCCAGCGCCAUAAUCGAUGCCUCAGACAUGGAAGAGUUGCGGCCACUCAAUCACUCAAGUCCAUCCUUUGCUGAAGAUCUGGAUCGUCAACACUUUGACAAUGGACCGCUAGAGCCCGCACAUUCUUCCAAUACCAUUGACGAAGUUUUGUCUCAUGAAAUGCCCUCGACAAACGUGGCAAAUGCGGGGAGGCGGCAAUCAUUUGGCCUUCAUAUGUCCCCGUCGUCUGAUAUGGAGAGACGCAAUCUGGACCUGUCAAGACGUACAAGCUACCGAGAGCCUGCAUUCGAUCACCAGAACCGAUAUUCUCUGGACUGGACCUCCGCUGCGGAGCAAGGGCGUGACGUAUUCCAAUCCCUAUACGAUAGUCAUGAGUAUCCGCGCCUCUACGCCGACGAGAGUACAUCGCCAGAACAUACAUCGACCGAAGUCACAUCGAUGACAUCGAUGUCAAGUGAUCAACGGUCGCCGAUUGGCAGUGAAGUUCUCUUCCCGAUCCCAGUAGGUGCAAACGAAUACUACCUCGUCGACGGGAAAAGUAGUACUCACUACCAUGAUCGGGGCAACCAGCCACUCAAGUCUUCCCGCCAGGCAACCAGUGAUGGCAAUGCUCAUAGUCGUUCAAGUUUGGACUUGAAUUCUUCCAUUCAAACUCGAGAGAUGACUGAGGUUAUGUGCCCAUCAAACAUGUCUGUGCAGCUCGCAUCGCACGGUGCUCAUGGAGCAGGCUUGGAUUACAACGAAGAUGAAUCGGAGAUGUAUGAUAUUGAAUAUCGUGGACAGCCGAGUCACGCCCACUGGUAG